AUGACAUCUAACUUGGCAGAAGCCAUGAAUUUUGUACUAAAGGCAACCCGAAACCUUCCAAUCACUGCAUUGGUCCAAUCUACAUACUAUUGCAUGGGUUCCCUCUUUGGUAAAAGACCUCACAAAUGGACCAAAAUGCUGGGUACCGGUAAAGUUUUCACGGAUGGUUGCAACAAGGGAAUGACUGAUGAAGUAGCCAAGUCUAACACACAUAAUGUCAUGCAACUUGAUCGCGAAAGAUUAUGUUUCAUGGUGCAGGAAAAAGUUAAUCAGAAUGAUGAUCGUCCGACAUGUACUUUCAGCGUUGACCUGAGAAAUCGUUGGUGUGACUGUGGGAAAUUUCAGGCAUUUCACUUACCUUGCUCUCACAUUAUUGCAACAUGUUCUAGUAUACGUCAAGACUACUCCAUUCACAUUCUAGAAGUCUUCACAGUUCUUAACGUAUUCAAAGUCUACAAAGAAAGCUUCUUGGGACAACCUCACGAGGAGAACUGGCCAAAAUAUGAAGGAUUUACUUUUUGCCACGAUGAUUCUAUGAGAAGAAAUAAGAAGAGACGUCCAACCAGUAGUAGGAUUAGAAUCGAAACGGACGACGUUGAAAAGGAAAAGAGAAGGUGUGGGAUUUGCAGAGAAAUAGGCCAUAUGCGUAGAAAAUGUCCAAAUGUUGCAGGCCCGUCAAACCGACCGUCUAGAUAA